AUGCUUGUAGUGUUCACUGCACUGGUUUGCAUUUUAGGAAAUGUCGUCUCCCAAGGUCAGGAAAACCCUCUGCCGGAAGCGGCAGAACAGACAUUCAAGACUCUGAAUAUGCAGUACAACGAAGAUCUGAUAUGGAGCAACGAAUGGGCAAAGAAAGCAUUGGAAUGGCUAAAUUCAAAAGAAAGUGUGAAGGCUGACGUGAUUGUCAAAGGAAAAGAGUCUUUCCCGAAGGCAGAUAACAAAUCGCUGGAGGAGCAACUGCUCUUAAUCCUCAGACCCAUUUUCGAGAAAAGAAAGAAAGAGAUUAACAAUCUUCCAAAAUUUUCUAUAUACGGAUGCAACUUCAUUGUUAAUCCGAAAGGAAACGAAGAUUCCAUUCGUGUUGCCUGCCUGUACAUGAAGCUGCCUUUGAUAGUGACUCAUAAUGUACCACAAGGCUCGGAGGCCCCCUUACCGAAAGAAUUGGAAACGACUUUCAAGAGAAUCAAUUCAAAGUACAGCAACAAAACGGAAUGGAGCGUUGACUGGGCGAAGAAAGCACUGGAGUGGCUAAAGUCACCAGAAAGUGUAGAGGCUGACGCGAUUAUCAAAGGAAAAAUGUUAGUGUCAACAUUCCUCUAUCAUUCUUUGGCUUGCAAAAAUGCAAUGCUUAACCAGGUCGAGGAUCUACCUGAGGGCACAGUGUAUGGAUGCAACGGUGUCCUAAACACAAUGGGAAAGAAGAAAGACUUCAUCUACACUGCCUGUCUUUACAAGAAGCCUUGA